AUAUGUGUUUGUCCUGAAUAUUAUUUUUUUAUAUGCUCUGCUUUUUUUCAUUUCAUGAUAAGAGAGAACACAUAUCUCGGAGGAAGCGAAGGUCUUCCUCCAGAAAGCCUAUAAAGAAGGGAUGACCAGGGUGGGAUCUCCACUGGUUGGAGCGGCAUCCCAGGCCACUGGCUUGCCACCGUUUGUCAUUGAUAACUGGAUUGGAAACUAUAGAAGAAAAAAGCCAUCUUCUUCUCAACCUAAAAACAAGAAGUUAUACACCAAGGACCUGUCUGGUUACAACCUGUUCUGCAGGGAUCAGUUAAAGAACAAAGGAAGCCUGAAAGAUAUUACACAGAAAUGGUCCACUUUGGCAGAAGAGCAGAAGAGGCAAUAUGCGGAGGAGGCAGCAGCUCUAAAAGUUCAGCACACUUCAGAUGACAUGAGCCCAGAUAUGCGAUGCCUGAAAUUGAAGAAGCACCUAAAGCAGAUGAAAAUAGAGGUUGCCAGUCUUGAGAAGCUUGGUGUAGAGACUGGUGUAAUGAUGUAUGACCAUCAAAAGCCUUUCUUAGAAGUCCUACAAGUGAGCAGCAAAGGUGCUUCUUCGUUCUUCGACAUACUGGACAACUUUGCACUGCAUUUCAAAGGAAAAUCAUCAUCUACUUCUGCUGCAAAAGAACCGGUUGAUUCAAUGGUUAAGAAAGUGCAGGAGCUCUUCAACAGGAAAUACAAGGAAGCGGGAGGCAGAGGAAAGCUCCCGUACAUCUCCAUUCAAAAUGAAAGCAUAAUUAUCAACGCUUUUGGUCUACCUGAUGGCAUCACUCUCAAAAAACCAUGCCACUAUGGACGUAAACAAUUAGAAGUCAUUUUAAAUAAUGCGGCGAACAUUUCCUUUAAAAUUAGUAAGUGUUUGAGCAUAAAUGUUGAUAGAUUAUAUUUAAAUGGAUGUCAUCCGUUAGAUGAGCGGAGCGUAACAGAGCCUAUGGGUUUGACGGAAGUGCUGUCAAGAGAACCGACUACAGAUGAUACUACGGAUGUUUGCAACAUCUGCCACUGUCUGUUCAGUGAUGAGAAAAAAAAUGCCAAGAAGAAGUGGCGUGAGUGGCGACGUUGCAACACAUGUGAGCAGUGGUCACACCUGGCAUGUGGAUUCAAGAAAAACUUGUGUCGUCAUUGUCAGACUCCCAGAAGUUGAGCCUUGUGUUAAGGAAUCAUGGCUAUUUUAGAUGGUUUAAUAUAGUUAAGCUAAUGCCAUGUGCGUUUAAGUAGACCAACAUUCCAUUUGGACAAAAGCAGAUGCAAGGCAGGAGUUCACAGAUAAACAUUCUUUUGGCAAGGCUGUAAUUUAGACCAGCCAUAAAACACAAAGCUCUUGAAAGGUUUUAAAUUAGGAGGCCAUAAAGAAUAUCUUCCCCGGCUCGCAGGUCAGAGGUCGGGGG